AUGUCUGAACAAGAAACUCAAGCAUUAGGCCAAACAAAAGCAUUCGAACCAAUUAAAGUUGGUACCAAAGAAUUAUCAACCAGAUUAGUCUUAGCUCCAUUAACAAGAUAUCGUGCUGUAAAUGAUCAUGACCCAUCAGAUUUAUCAUUAGAAUAUUAUACUCAAAGAGCUCAAUAUAAAGGUUCAUUACUUACAACUGAAGCAACUUUCAUAUCAGAGGAAGCUGGUGGUUAUCCAAAUGUACCAGGAUUAUGGUCUGACACUCAGACAAAAGCAUGGAAAAAGAUUGUUGAUUCUGUUCAUUCAAAAGGUGCUUUAUUCAAUGCUCAAUUAUGGAAUUUAGGUAGACAAGCUGAUCCCGAAUAUCUUUCAACUCAAAAAUUACCAUAUAUUAGCGCUUCUGAUAUUUAUAUGGAUGACGCAUCUAAAGAGAAAGCUUUGAAAUUCAAUAAUAAACAACGUGGUUUGACCAAAGCUGAAAUAAAACAACAUGUUGAACAAUAUGUUAAAGCUGCUAAAAAUGCUAUUAACGGUGCUGGUUUUGAUUUUGUUGAGGUUCAUGCUGCAAAUGGUUAUUUAAUUGAUCAAUUUUUACAACCAAUUUCAAAUAAUAGAAAAGACGAAUAUGGUGGCUCUGUAGAAAAUAGAUCAAGAUUCCUCUUGGAAGUUGUGGAUGCAGUUUGUGAAGCUGUUGGAUCUUCCAAAGUUUCAGUUAGAUUAUCACCUUGGGGUACAUUUGGGUCAAUGGGAGGACAAGAUGAUCCAAACAUAAUACCAACUUAUUCAUAUGUCGUAUCAGAAUUAGAAAAAAGAAGAAGAAAAGGUAAUGAAUUAGCUUAUAUCUCCCUUGUUGAACCUAGAGUUAGUGGUGAUAAUGAUACUGAUAAUCAUGUCAAUGCAAAUAAUGAUUGGAUUUUAUUGAUUUGGAAAGGUAUAGUUUUAAGAACAGGCGGAUUUGCUUCAACUACACCGGAUUAUAAAAGAUUAUUUGAUACAAUUACUAUCAAUGAUAGAACUUUAAUUGGUAUUGGAAGAUAUUUCUUAUCAAAUCCUGAUUUUAUUACCAAAGUUCAUGAUGGUUUACCAUUAAAUGCUUAUAAUAGAGAUACUUUCUAUACUCGUGGUAGUUUAGGCUAUACAACUUAUCCUAAUUAUGGUGAGGAUGCUAUAUCAGAUGAUGAUCCAAGAGCUCAAAGAGAUUCAAAUACAAUAGUCUAA